UAGGAGGUUUGAGUGCGCCAGAGGGUUCUGUGGAAGGAGGCCGUGCUGUCUGAGGAGGCAGAAGAGGACAAAGAUAUUACGUAUAAAUCUUAUUUGUGGUGAAACAAUAAGCGGAUAAUUCGUAGAAACAGAAGGACAUACGUGUGCACCGGCAGUCGACUAAUUUGGCAGAGGAGGACGUCUCUCUCUGCAGCCAUGGCUUCACACAACCUGAGCGGAGUUAAACGGGAUGAGAAGGGGAGAAACAUCCAGGUCGUGGUCCGAUGCAGGCCUUUUAACACGACGGAGCGCAAGUCGUCAUAUGGCGUCAUUGACUGCGAUGCAAACAGGAAGGAGGUGAUGGUGAGGACGGGAGGGAUGAACGACAAGGCGUCACGAAAGACGUACACGUUUGAUAUGGUGUUUGGUCCAGCUGCCAAACAGAUUGAAGUGUACAGGAGCGUCGUUUGUCCCAUUCUGGACGAAGUCAUCAUGGGAUACAACUGCACUGUUUUUGCCUACGGUCAGACUGGGACGGGAAAGACGUUCACCAUGGAGGGCGAGAGGAGUCCCAAUGAGCAGUUCACCUGGGAGGAGGACCCCCUGGCUGGCAUCAUCCCCAGAACCCUGCACCAGAUCUUUGAGAAGCUCUCUGAGAACGGCACCGAGUUCUCAGUGAAAGUCUCGCUGCUGGAGAUCUACAACGAGGAGCUGUUUGACCUGCUCAGCCCCACCGAGGACGUCAACGAGCGGCUGCAGCUCUUUGACGACCCGCGCAACAAGCGAGGCGUAGUGGUGAAGGGUCUGGAGGAGGUGACCGUUCACAACAAGGAUGAAGUUUAUCAGAUCCUCGAGAGAGGAGCCGCCAAGAGGAGGACGGCCUCCACGCUCAUGAACGCCUACUCCAGUCGCUCCCACUCUGUGUUCUCAGUCACCAUUCACAUGAAGGAGAUCACUCUGGACGGAGAGGAGCUGGUGAAGAUCGGCAAACUCAAUCUGGUGGAUCUCGCCGGCAGCGAAAACAUCGGACGUUCGGGUGCGGUGGACAAACGAGCUCGCGAGGCGGGAAACAUCAACCAAUCCCUGCUGACUCUGGGCAGAGUGAUCACCGCGCUGGUGGAGAAAAGGCCCCACGUCCCAUACAGAGAGUCUAAACUGACCAGAAUCCUGCAGGACUCGCUGGGAGGACGAACAAAAACCUCCAUCAUCGCCACCGUUUCGCCGUCUUCCAGCAACCUGGAAGAGACUCUGAGCACGCUGGACUACGCCAGCAGAGCCAAGAACAUCAUGAACAAACCUGAGGUCAACCAGAAACUCACCAAGAGGACACUCAUCAAGGAGUACACGGAGGAGAUCGAGCGUCUGAAACGUGACUUGGCUGCCACUCGGGACAAGAACGGAGUUUAUCUGUCAGCAGAAAACUACGAGAGUAUGAUGGGUCAGAUCACCUCUCAGGACGAGCAAACUGCUGAGCUGACUGACAAGAUUGCUGCCAUGGAGGAGGAACUCAAGAGGGUGACUGAGCUGUUCAUGGACAGUAAAACCAAACUGGAGCAGUGCACCGUGGACCUGGACGAGAAGCAGCAGAGGCUGGCGGAGGCGAGUCAGGACCUGCAGCAGACCAAAGAGAAGCUGAGUGAGGAGGAGCUGAUCUGCUCAGAGCUCAACUCCAUCCAGGAGAGCCUGCACAGCACGGCAGGGCAGCUGCUGAGCACAGCAGACGCCAGCACCAGCGACGUGUCGGGUCUCCACGCCAAGCUGGACAGGAAGAACAAGGUGGAGCAGCACAACAGGCAGAUCCAGCAGAGCUUUGCCGAGCGGAUGGAUGGAGCGUUCAGCAGCAUGCAGCGCUGCGUUCAGCAGCAAGGAGCCGAACACCACAGCAUGAUGAGCAGCUACUCGGAGGCCAUCGACGGUUUGCUGGUGACGAACCACGCGGCACUGAAGGGAGCGCUGACCACCAUGGAGACCUUUGUGGGUGGGGUCGGGCGGCUUGUAGCCGAGGGUGUUGGCCGAUGCCAGGACAGGGUGCAGCAGCAGGAGACGCUCUGUCUGCAGGACAAGGAGACGCUGCUGCAACUGCUGGAGGAGCAUCGACAGGACAUGGAGGAGGCCCUGAUGGCUCGCACUCUGAUGGGUCUGACAGCCGUCCAGGAGCUCAGCGACAGUCUGAGAGCCACAGUGGAGACGCAGCGAACUCUGGCCAACAAGGUGGAGGCGAUGAAGGAGGUGGGCGUGUUCUUCAGCGGCUUGGUUCAGGAGCUGGCCCGGCUGCGGGAGGCCACCGUGCAGGGCCUGAGCUCACUGCAGGCUGAACACGACAAGCUGGAGGACGAGAUCAGACGGGCACAGGAGAGACACCAGGCGGGUAUGAAGCAGACCAUCCAGUGCCUGCAGGACCAGCUCAACCUGCUGACCUUGGAGGCCCAGCAGGACUUCACUGAUCUGUGCUCGGCCUCCAAGUCUCUGCAAAAACCUCUCCAGAUCCUACAGGAGAACCUCAGCAGCGGCUGUGGUGCAGUAGAGAGACGGGCCUCGGCCCAGGCAGAUCUCCUCUCCUCCACCUCCUCCUCUCUGGCCUCCUCUCUUCGUCUGACCACCGAUGAGAGCCAGCAGACGCUGGAGGAGAUGGCAGGCUGCUCCUCUCACCUCCGCAGCUCUGUGUCUGGUCUGCUGGAACGUGAUCUCCAGUGGAGCUCCAGACUCAGGGAGCAUGCAGAGACUCAGGCCCAGGAGCACCAGUCCAUGAUGGGGGUGAUUUUGACUGAAGCUCAGACCCUCCAUCAGAACGUGGAAAGGUGCUGCACAGAACAGCUGCAAACAGCUGGGGAGGAGCUAUCUGGACAGCAGGAGGAGGUGAAACAGGCUCUGACCGCUGUGCAGAACCAGACCUCCCAGAUCCGGACUGUCCUGGACCAACAGCGGGUGGAGCUCCAGGAGCGCAUGGAGACAAACCAACAGCUGGUCCACAGCUUUCUACAGGAAGAGCUGCAGCAGGACGUUCCCACAGGUACCACCCCUCAGCGCCGGGAGUUUGUGUAUCCCAGGCAGCUGAUGAAGUUGCAAAGCCGCUGUGAGCUGCUGGAGAGCCUGAGGAGGCAGCAGAGGGAGCUGCGAGCUGCCAUGGAGGAGGAAGAGGAGGAGCCAGAGGAGGAGGAGGAGGACAAACACAGCCAGGUUGACCACGACUCUCUGGAGGAUGAGCUCAGCACCUGCAACGAAAGUUUGGCCACAGAGCCGUCCUUCAUCGACGAGAACCUUGUCUUCAACGAGAGCAAACGUGUUCCCUUCUUCAAGCAAAAGAAGGGCGGUAAGAAGGAGUCGAAGAUCCCUGCCAGGUCGAAAGCAUCAGAAAGUGAAGCUGCGUCAACGCCUCAGAAGUCCAGACUGCCACUCCGCUGUCAGAAUUAAAACCGUUUAAUGUGUUUUUCUUUUUAAACUGUUAGUGCUGUCCAACUCUUUCUCACCCUUUUAAUCAUUUUAAACAUUAGUGUGUCUCAUGAGCUUUGUUUCAGUAUCAUAAUUGUCUUGACAUUUUCAAGUUAUGUAAAAUUAAAGAGAUUUAUACUUGUUUUAUA